AUGGACCCUCUUCGAAAAACCAUCGUUGUUGCCUCAAACAACAUCCCAAAGAUCAAGGCAACACGUGAAGGGUUUAACCAGAUGUUCCCGGGCACCCACGACUUCCAAGGUCUGAGUGUACACUCCCACGUCUCGGAUCAGCCCUUCUCUGACGAGGAAACACUCCGCGGAGCGACAAACAGAGCUCAGAAUGCACAAACAUUAAAGCCGGAGGCAGACUUCUGGAUUGGCAUUGAAGGAGGCGUUGAAUCCCACAACGGCUCUAUCUGCUCUUUUGCGUGGAUCGUAGUCAUUGGAAAGAGAGGAAAAGUUGGCAAGGCACGUACAUCAGCCUACUUUCUGCCCGAAAAGACGUGCAAGCUGCUGAAAGAGGGGGUUGAGUUGGGCCAUGCGGAUGACAUGGUGUUUGGCCAGACCGAUUCGAAGAACAAACAAGGUUCAGUUGGGCUUUUGACAGGCGGUGUCAUUGAUCGAGCAGCCUAUUAUACCCAGGCAGUUAUUUUGGCUCUUAUUCCCUUCAGAAACGCAUCGUUGGACUUUUGA